AUGGCUGUAUACGCCUCUCAACUUGGGGCCAAAGGGCCUUUCGCAAACAGUGCUCCUCCUUCGCUGCCUGCACAAUUGCCUCCGGCAGGUACAUUUCUCCCGGGCACAAAAGUCCAAGUUGGAAAUCACCGAGUGGUCAUCGAGCGAUUCCUUUCCGAGGGUGGAUUUGCCCAUGUAUACGUGGUUCAGCUGCCGCGUCCUGUGGAUGGAAGCCACAAAGCGGUCCUCAAGCGGGUGGCUGUCCCCGACAAGGAACAUCUGGCCAAUAUGAGAACAGAAGUCGAGACCAUGAAGAGGCUGCGGGGCCAUAAACAUAUCGUCAAAUACAUUGAUUCUCAUGCUUCACAACUGAAAGGCGGUGGUUAUGAAGUGUUCCUACUGAUGGAAUACUGCGAAGGAGGAGGGCUGAUUGAUUUUAUGAAUACGCGCCUACAGAACAGACUGACGGAACCCGAGAUCUUGAAGAUAUUCACGGACGUUGCCGAGGGCGUGGCGUGCAUGCAUUACUUGGAUCCUCCCUUGAUGCACCGAGACCUGAAGGUCGAGAAUGUGCUCAUAUCCACGUCUGGGUCAUCCAGGAUAUACAAGUUAUGCGAUUUUGGGUCCGCAGCGCCCGCAAGGCCAGCUGCUACGACGGCCGCUGAAGGACGCCUGAUUGAAGACGACAUCAACCGCCAUACGACACUUCAAUACCGAAGCCCUGAGAUGAUCGACGUGUAUAGGAAACAGCCGAUCGACGAGAAGGCCGACAUCUGGGCCUUGGGUGUCUUCCUAUAUAAGCUCUGCUAUUACACCACUCCAUUUGAGGAGGUCGGACAGAUGGCCAUCCUGAAUGCCAGAUUCAAGUUUCCAGCUUACCCGCGGUUUUCAGAUCAACUGAAGCUGUUGAUCGCAUCCAUGCUCCGUGAACGCCCUGCCGAACGGCCGAAUAUUUACCAAGUCUUACAAAAGGCAUGCCAGUUAGAGGGCCGAGAGUUGACCCUCCCGGACAUUUAUACCCGCCGUUCCCAGUCAGAAGGUCGUAAAGACAGGGUUCUCCCAUCACCUGCUUCAAGUUCCCAAUCCAGGGCUGGCGCCACAUUAUCCCCUCCCAAACAAGCAGCUCCUCUUACCGUUCCACAAGUUGAACCGAUGCGAAGAGGCCGACCGACCAAACCGAUUUCUCAUCAUGGCUCAGCCAAACCGAGCCCGUCACCGCUCCGUAUGGUGGAUAACGCUGAUCCUUUUGCAGUCUUGGAUGGAAACAAAGCAGUUGCUGGAGACGAGCUGUCUGCGAGGUUUCCGACUCUAGACCAAUUCUCGUUGUUGACCGACAAAGGCAGGAAGUUCGCUUUCGAGCCUCAGGUUGAGCGCAAAUCAGAUGCCGCCGAUCCAGCUCUAGCCGAGCGUGUCACAAAAGCCCUGGCAGAUGAGGCAUUUGCCAGAGCCCCGAGCCCUCCUAAAGCAAGAUCUCCCGCUAGCGACCCUCCUGCUACUACAAAAUCGACAACUGGGUUGCAGCAUAAGAAGUCUGUGGAAAGUCAGGAGACUAAUGUGCCAACCAGCAGCGCAAAACCUGCUGCAGUCUCAAGGCCGACGGUGGUAUCUACCGGCACCAUGACCAGUUCAUCACCGUCACUCACUGCACAAAUCGAUUCGGAGCGUUCAAUCAAUCGCUUUUCGUCUAAUGGCCAAACAACAAGACCGUUGGGUACCAGCCAACCUGCUGACCAGCUACGUUCCUCAGAACCGAGCAGUAACACUUCGCGAUUAGGAAGACUGCUAAGAGACGACGCCAGUAAGUCUCAGCUUGCUGGCGGUGUGGAGCCGCGGUCGCCUACAUCGUCACGCCCUUCGCUAGAGGGAGGGCGGCCAAUGAUUCGUGACUUAGGCUCUGGAAUGAGCAGAUCAAGAUCGCUAAAUCUUCGGAGUCGGCCAGCGAGCGUCAAUUUCGGAAGCAAGCCUGCUACUGCCAAAGAUAGAGACAUCAAGCACCUUGACUAUGAAGCCACCUUCACCAGCGCAGAACCUGAUUUGGAGCCAUUGACACCAUCCGAGUCCGCGACGAACAUUACCUCGGAUGUGGACUUUUUGCGGGCCCGAGAAGAGGAGGAAAAGGAAAGAAAACAGCAUCACAAACGUCUGUCAAGCAGCAGCUCCAGGCAUCUCAAACGCGCCAGCGUGCCCUCUAUGGGCUUAGCAGGAACAACGAAGCUGCUGGCUGGUAAAUUUGGCGAUGCAUUCAAAAAGUUUGAAAGUAACGACUCCAAUCAAGUAGGAAGGGCGGAUUCACCAUCACGCGAUCCUAUCAAUGUUUUGACGCCAAUUGCCGGGUCAGAAGCCACGGACCUGAGUGACGACCGGCAACCGUGGGACGAAACUGAAGAUCUCUCCCCCGAAAUGCGCCGUGAGCUCGAGAAGCGGAAACUAGAGGCAGAGGAACGAAGAGUUGCCAAUGCAGCAGCGGAAUACAGGCAACGCUUAGCGGCAAAGGGAGGCGCUACGACCGCCAGUGGAGGGCCCGGCAGGGCUGCUUCAAUUCAAGCCAGAGUCCAGUCUCUACUGAGUGAGAAUGCUCGCCCUGCUCACAAGACUGCAACAGGAUACGGCCAUUUCACCGAGUCCCCUGCGUCGCAGGUGAGGAUGGAAGAAAGGCAGGCGACUCAGUCUGCGAAGCCUCCUCCGCCACACGCAUCCGCCGACAGGCACGAAGCUCCCAGAGUGACGUCCGCCCCUGCAUCUGCCGCUGAUCUCACACGAUCAGAUCCUCGACCUCAGCGACCUGCAGCACCACCGAAGCCGAACACCUUGCGGACCGGGUUCGCCCAACAUGGACCAGUGGUGACAAGCCAGGGGAACCUGGGGGCGGCUAUAGAAGAUGAUUGGGAAGCGAACUUUAGCAAGAAAUAUCCCAGCCUGGCGGGCCUGGAGAUGGUUGAGACGUCGAUAGACAGGCCAAAGUCCACGACAACUGUACGGACCAAGGAGGUCUAG